AUGAUAAGCACCAAGAAGCUGAUUCAGAUGGCAAGGAAGUGGCAAAAGGUGGCUGGCAUAGGGAGAAAAAGAAUUUCCUGGCGUUGGUCUAAUGGAGAUCUGACGUUGGGAAAUAGAAUUGGGUCAUCGGUGGCUCUGAAGGGUCAUUUCGUAGUUUACACUACGGACAUGAGGCGUUUUGUUGUUCCUCUUUUGUAUCUCGGCAAUGAGAUUGUCAGAGAGCUCCUGAGGAUAUCAGAAGAAGAGUUUGGGAUUCCAAGCAGCGGUCCUAUCAUAGUUCCGAUCGAUGCAUUGUCCAUGGAGUUCAUCAUUUCGCUGAUCAGGAGAGGCUUAGCUAGAGAUCAAGAAAAUGCCUUAGUUUCAUCAUUUACUGGAAGCAGUUGCUCAUCUUACUUAGCCUUGGAUAAGCAAUCCACAGACCAACAAAUUUAUGUCUGUAGCUGA